AUGAGUAAUAAGGAACAGCAUGUUGAUGGGGCUUCAGAAAGUGCUGUCAAGGAGAUCAGGUCUAUAGCUGCUACGCGUGACGGUGGUUACGUGCCUCCGUUGAUGACGUCGAAGUUGGGCAUGGACUCUUCUCAAUCGCAUGCGCUGCUGAAUGAUCCGACCCUAAUAGAGGACUUUUCAGAUAUUAUCAAGAACAGGCCUACCAUGGGAAGCCAGCAGGCUUCGGGGAACGAGGAUUCUGAGAGCAUGGGUGGGAGUGUUGUUGUGACGCCCACAUCCAAUAAGAGCUCACCUUUCAACUCGAAACUCAGUAUACUAGGUAAUGCAGCAGAAAAGACCCAUGCGCCUUUGCGACAUAAAGACGACGACGACGACGAUGUCGAGGAAGAGGUGGAGGUGGAGGCGGAGAAACAUACACACGAAGGUAGUGGAAGGGGCCAACGACAUUCAAAAGAGAACUCCACAGAACUGCCCGGCUCUUACGAUUACUCGGAUUCAGAAUUUGAGGACAAUUUGGAGAAAAGGCUACAAGAUAUCGAAACGGACCCUACGGAUAGUGGCGAUAACGAGGAGGAGGCGGAGGAGGAGCAGGAGGAGCAGCAUUCUGUGGUGGACGAUAUUGCGAACCAUGAACUCGCUGACAUGGACGAUUUUAGCGAUGGUUUGAAGUACGCCAUUUCCGAAGACGAAGACGAAGAAGGAGAAGAAAACUACUCUGACGAUUACGAUUUUGAUAGAAAGUUCGAAGACGCGGACUUCGAAGGUGAAAGCGGUAGCUUGGACGAAGAAAACGACGAUUAUCAACCCUUGCCGCCACCAAGAGAACUAGAUCCUGAUAAAUUAUAUGCACUUUAUGCGUUUAACGGACAUGAUUCUUCGCAUUGUCAACUGGGACAGGACGAACCGUGUAUAUUGCUGAACGACCAAGAUGCCUACUGGUGGUUAGUGAAAAGGAUCACGGACGGUAAGAUUGGGUUUGCGCCUGCGGAAAUUCUGGAAACAUUCCCCGAAAGAUUGGCUCGAUUGAAUUGCUGGAAAAAUGAAAAUAUGUCUUCGCAAUCUGUAGCUUCAUCAACGGAUUCCAAGGAUGACUCCCAUAAGAAUAACGAGAGUGAUGCAGACAGUAUGACCCCCACACCAGCAUUGAAGGGAUACGGGAAAGGUAACAAGUCUGUUAGCUUCAAUGAUGUUGUUGGUUACGCAGAUAGGUUUAUAGACGAUGCAGUUGAAGAGAAAUCCUCGGAUAGUGACGAAGAUGGUGAUAACGAGGGUGAGAAAGACGACGACCAUGGUGAUGACGACGAUGAUGAUGCAAAAGUAAGACACCGGGAUGAAUUCACUGAGGCUAAGCUGAACUUUACCAAAUUUGAGGACGAUGAUAUGAGCGAUGUAGUGAGCGAUGUUUCCUUCAGUACGUCUCUGAAUACACCUUUAAACGUUAAAAAGGUUCGGAGAGCUAAUAAUAAAAACGACGUCCUACUCAAACCUGUUUCAUCACUAGUAAUGCCACUAUCAUCCAGUAAUGAAGACAAAUAUGGACUCAAUGCUAACCAAGACGUAAAGGACGAGAAAUCGAAAAUAACUGAUGGUGAGUUCGAUACUGAUUUGAAAAAAGUUUUCGAAGCCCCUCGUAUGCCAUUUACAAACGGAAUGGCGAAAUCCGAUUCCCAAAACUCUCUUUCAACAAUUGGUGAGUUUUCACCUUCGUCAUCGGAAUGGACGAACGAUUCACCUUCCGCACCAGCGGUGGUAGAGGAAAUCAGUGGUAUUCCAUCAUCUAGAGCAAUAAAGGACAUUUCACAAUAUAUUCACCCAAGUUUGAAAAUUCAAGAGUCGUCGAACAACGAAAACGUACAAGAUCAAGCACAAGACAAGACGCAAGAUAAGCCCACCCCGGAAGCUACCGGAGAAAAGAACCCCCAAGCUGAAGUGGAACAACCCAAAGAGGAUACAGAAAAGCAAUCAAGCGUAUCGCUACAUUCAUCAUCAGAGGAAGAUUUUUACAUGGAUGAACAAAGAGUGAUAUCUUCAGCAAGCGUAAAUAGUUCAUUUUCCGGAUUAAGGGUACCUUCUAACACCAAUGUAUCCGAUCCAACUUCUAAGCCACACUCCCUGGUUCAGCAUCUCUAUGCUCCAGUUUUUGACAGGAUGGACGUGUUAAUGAAGCAAUUAGAUGACAUUAUUCGCAAAUGA